CGUGACUGAAAACAUACUACUACACCGAAGGGCUAAAUCGAGUCACCGUUUGAGGCUAAAUUGACGGAAAAGAUUUCAGUGGAUUCUCAUCUACUUCAGAUGGAAACGGCAGCACGAGAAAUCUUGAAUCAAUCCAGUGUUCCAGAGAGCCCAUAAUGUCAGAGGAUGGGUCGAUGCUCGCGCUUACGAAAUAAAGCAUGAAAUGGCACUGGUAAGUGCUCUUUGCAGCUUGCUUUGAAUAUUCCAACGCCCUAACGCAGGCUUCUCUGCCUUCCUUAUUCGACAUAAUUGGAAGCAAAACAUAUUUCAGCUUUGUAGCUGUUUGACCGCCUUGGAAUCUCAAUCUAUGGUCGUUUGUUUUCGUCUGAAACUUUCGCUCGCGCGAGUGAUUGGUAUGAUUCUCCUGAGAUAAAGUGAUUUGCAUGUUCCUCUCCACUCCGAAAAGCCAAGUGAAGCCUCUGCUCAGCUUCCUGAGAUCAUUGCAGACGGAAAAUUUUUGAAAAUUCAUCAAAUUCUGACCAUAAAUCAGUCUUUGGUACUUAAACCUGUUGAUUAUAAGAUGACAUAAUAUGUUCGGUAACGUAAUUGAUCAAAGUGAUAAUUGAAAAAGAGGAAAGUAUUAGAUAUAUCUUUGCCUAUGAAUAUAUCAAUAAGGGAAAGGUUUUCUCACCCUAUAAAAUUACAAAGGAAUUUAUGGUAUCUUGAUAAGUAGAUUGUUUAUCUUGAGGACAGCCACUGUAAGCGAUACAAGAUCUGUUGCAAUGUCAAGAAACAUGUGGGUAUAAAGACAUGUAUUAUGCAAUCAAUUAUACAUAAAGUUUGACAUGACAAAGGCGGUCACACCAGGUCAGCCCCCCUUAUGCCUGGUUAUCAGUUUAUAAAUGUGGGUUAAAAGGUUAUUAAUUAUAAUCUGCAAAAAGUGGCUUAGUUUAUUCAAUCAAAUGCCCAUGAUUUGUUCACUCCUUUCUUAAUAUACAAUCCUCGAUACCAUAACUCUAGAUUUUGCCAUUUUAGAGUUGUUUAUCACUCUUAUAAAACCAUUUUUCAUGAUUUGGGUUAAUAGAUAAUAGGUUUGCCAGAUUACUAUUCACAAAAACCACCUGCCAAAGCUGACUGGUUUCCUUAGUUCACAUAGAGUACAUAUUUUAAUCACUCUUUGCCAUGAUCAAUGCAGCUUGAGCUCUUGUACAGGGACAAAACCUUUCUGUCCAUAACGUAUUUCCGCCGUGAUAACCACACUGAAAUUUUGUGUAAAUAGAAUUUAAUUUAUCUUGCAAUGUAAUAAAGGCCAGAGCCUCUCCAGAUGAAGGAGCUCAUGUAGAGCAUAUCACAAGAUGAAUGUCACAGUGUAUUUUUGUGAAAUACAGUGAAAUACUUUUAUAGUCUUUUAGAUCUUAAUUCUGAUGAAUUAAAAGUCCUAUGAGACCUUAAAUAACCAUUUUCCCCCUACUGAGACCGUGAACAAUCAAUUUCUUGUAUAUAUUUGCCAUCCAUACUAUAUAGUAGAUUUUAGAUCAACAACAGAAAACAUUUCUUAUUCUUUUCUGAACGUUAAAUAUAACAUUCACAUAUGAUUUUGCUGAACAUAAUGUAAUAUUUAAUUUAUUAAAAACAGCUGUGUUGUGCAGGAGCUACACUAAUAUUAAAAGUGCAUUCUUGAAACAAUUUUUAAACUUUGGAAGUUGGAAGUACACUUGUAAGGAAAUUAAAGCCAAAUUAUAUCUUGCUGAGCAGGUAACUUUUCACAGUUAAACAAACAUAUGUAUAAGUGUGUAUGUGUCCCAGUAACAGAAGAGUUAGAUCUACCAUUUAAAGUGUAUUUUAUCAGAACUAGUUUCUGUGUGGUCAAAUACAUACAUGUAUGUAGUUAAGUCAUUUCCUCUAAUUGUCAUACUUAGAAAAUCUGUUUCCUUCUCUUAACUGAUUUCAUUAGUAUAGUCACAGACUUAACAUGGUAAAGCUUUGCUGGAGGAAUACAAAAUCAGCUGUAGGAUACUAUACAGUGCGUUAAAAACUGUAAAUUCAUAUUGCCUUUAGGGUGAAAGAAAACCAUUUGAUGAGGUUGUAAUACAUUAUGGAGACCCUCAUGCAUUUUGACAGUCACCUAUCACCUUUGUAAGACAGGUUGGUACAUGUAAAUGCAUGCCAAGAAAAUUAAGCCCUUUUUGGCUGAUGUUGUCUGUUAAGUUGGUUAAAUUUGCAUCCUCACAUUACUGGACCUUGUUACAACUAAAGUUACUUCACCGUUACCUCAUCUUGGCAGACAAACAUACUGUAAACUCUUUUAUGAGCCUUGCUCUUCAAUAAGCCCUCUCUUUUGUAAACCCCUUUCUUUUAAGCCACUCUUUAUUUAGCCCUCUCACUCAAAAAAUCCACCUCUCUUAUUAAUCCCCUCCCUGUUAAGCCCCCUCCCUCUCUAACAACUGUGCUCCUCAUCCUUUCCCUGAACAAAAUCUUCACAAAUGGAAUGUGAAAAUACCCCUAUCAUUGUUUAAAGGCUGUAUUUGUUAAUGUUUCCAAAAAUUGGACCAAAGUGCAUGUAAUAGGUUCCAAUUUUACACAGUAUUCCUUGCGAGUGGGUACCAUUUGAAAGAAAAAAGGAAUCAUUCCAUUGUGGCCCUCUGUGUGUUUAACCCUUUAACUCCCAUGAUCUGUUCAUCAAUUUUCCCCUUUAGCUGAUAUACAAUCCCUUGUUAAUUAGUUACAAGAGUUUGGUGUUAGAUCAAGAUAAAAACUUCUUUGCAAUAAGUUUUAGUAUUCUCAUUACUUGUUUGCUCGAUAUGUUUAGAUAUUAUUGGGGGAAUUUCCAUGUUAGUCACUAAUGGGAGUUUAAGGAUUAAAUUAACCUCCUCUAUUGUGCCACAUCUCCAAAAAUGCCUUGGAUAUUUAUCUUAAUGCUUUGGAUAUCUAAUAAUUAUAUUGAUUAGAGUAGAUUCUACCCAUUAUCCAUUUUUUUAAUCCAACAAGAGGACUACUACGGAAAUUAUUUGUAUCUUUAGUGUUUAGCCUGCCUCUUUGUCCACAAUUUCUCAAUGACCCACAAUUCCCAAAGGAUGUAAAAGAAAAGGCUCGCAGAAUUCUUAAAGCAACACCAGGUUUUACCAUAAGUAGGUAGCAAAUUCAUUCUUCUAAAGGUUCUAUGAGUAAACUUAAUAACAUUAUUUUUUGUUUGACAGUAUUUUUUGCCUUUUUUUACCCCUUUCUUUACUUUGUGCUGCUUUGUGAUAAGCACAAUAGGGCUUGGUUUGUGCUUUUGGUAUUUGGUGCUCUAUUGUACUUUUCAAUCUUCUUUGUUUUUGAUUUACAAUUUUCUUUUUCUUUUUCCUAACUAAUUAUUAAUCUAUUCAGAUACCUCAUUUUCCUCCCUAAACCCAAGGGUUGCACCACAGGAGCAAAACAGAUAUAUAUAUAUAUAUAUAUAUAUAUAUAUAUGUAUUUUAUUUAGUAUAUACCAUACAUCAGGUGUGUUGUGAACCUUUUCAGUUUCUGAGUGGUGCAUACUAAAAUAGUUAUUCAACUCAGUGUCAGUGAAAGUAGGGGCAGAUCUAGAGAAGGGGUGUAAGAAUUGUGCUCCCCUCCUCCCACCCAAGUUAUCUAAGUUCACCUUAUGUUCAGUGAUUCCCUGGUCAUAAACGUACUUCCAUCUUCGUUGCUCGCUUUUAAAAUCAGUUUAUGUCACUUGUCUGUUACGUCAUUCCUUAGUGGUGCACCCACUGCUAAGAAAAAUCCUGGACCCUAACCCCUGGAAAGUGUUUGAAAAUUAUCCACUCCACUGUGGUGCACUAUUCAAAUAUGCUUUGUGUUCGUCCUUUAUUAGUUUCAUUUGUUUACAGACUCCAUAUACUGUGUUCUUGUAAGAAAAAGUACUCAAGAAGACAGAAAUCAACUAAAUUUAAAAGUUAUUUUUUGUGCAUAUAAAUAAUUUUGAAUAUCAAUUCACGUUGUUUUGGAGUACAUUACUAUCUACACUAAUGUAUCUUUUAUUAGGUUCGUACACAAACAUUACUGGAUUAAGAAUCAUUCGUGAGGAUGUAGCCAGAUACAUUUCGAGAAGAGAUGGUUACCCAGCUGACGUUGAUGACGUCAUUUUAAUCAAUGGAGGGGCAAUAGGGAUUAAGGUUAGAGACCAGUACUCUUUCUAUUGGGUUGUAGUUGAUCUGUUGAUCAAAGUCGUGUGUCUGCUUGGUUAUAUAUAACUAGUGCAAAAACGUGAUGAGGGCGAAAUGUGGUUGGAACGGAAAUGCGAUUUACGUGAGCUAACCAAACAAGUUUGACACUGUUGUUUGUAACACCUUUUGGGGUCAUGUGUGCGUUGAAACUAAACGGAGACAAGGAAAAAUGGAACCCUAAAAAACUUGACUGCUCUGCCGAAAUUUAUCGCGACCAUUAACAUUUCAAAGUAGCAACUGUUGUAGAUACCAGUCUUUUCAGGUUACCUACAUGCCUCAGAUUGAGACAACUUUACUUUUUAAAUGAUGCAUAAAGUAGAGCAAUGUUUGAGGUACGACGCCGAGAAAUCAUGUUAGCAUUUCCAUGUAAGCUUUUCAAUUUCAAAGGCUGCAGCGAAGAAGGAGAAGAAAUUCCAAUAAGGUGGACAUAAGUAGCGAAUUAUGAGGUCACUAUGUGUAUGUACUAUGUAGGCUACCCGCUUGAGUGCGGUGGCUGUAACUUAGUGUGAUAGUGUUUGUGAAGAGUAGUUCUCAGUUUAAUUUGGAUAACAAGAAAUACUGCGAUUACCACGCAAGGUUUGUUUCGUCUCUCUGAAAUUUUUAUUUUCUUCAAUAUUUUCUUCUACAGAUAGGCCUAGCAUCGCUUGGUACUGAUAUGCCGAACGGCAAACUUAAGCCAGGACUUAUGAUUCCCAUUCCAGUUUUUCUCAGUGCUUUAUUAUUGGACAAGUAGAAUUUAACAGAAGAAAAAAUUAGAAUAGAUAAAGGUCUGAUACCAAUCAGUGAUUCAUGCUGAUUAGAGUCCAUAAGAGGAAUGACCCAGCUUAUGAUUGCCGUGCUAAAACUGAUCUUUCUAAUCAGAUCCCUUAUUAAUUGGGAGAAGAAAACAACUGGUCUUUGAACAUCGGUCAAAUGAAGAAAGCCAUAGAUGAGGCCAGGCCGCACUGUGAACCAAGAGGACUGGUACUGAUUAAUCGUGGUAAUCCUACAGGUGAGACGUACAUUUGUAACCAUGGUAACUAGUGAUGUGGUUGGAGAUGAACCUGAUGUCAAUGAGUGAAGCGGAAAUAUGGUUUUUUAUGCUUGUAAAUGCGUGACUUUAAAUUUGCGUGACAUUUGUGUUACAGUUGCCUUUGUGCCAUUUGAUUCCUUCGGAUAGUCUUUCUCUCCCGCUGAUUUUCAGUUGUUGCAUCGUACGCCCUUUUUACUAUUCACUGUUCAUGUCCGGCGUUCAUCCCAAGUUAAUUUCUUAAGUUUGGUUUCAAGCCACCGGCGUAUAGGGACUGAUAUGUAAGUUGUAUUUGUUUGUAUUCACUUUUAGCUUUUAGCUUUUAGCUUGCCCCAUUUUUGCAAGGUAGCGUUUCUCUUGCUAUGAUCUUAUGCCUUUGUGUGUGUUAUUUAGUCACCGCCUUCGUAUCGUCAGGCGGCUAUUUCUAGUUAUAAUUUUCCUUUAUCUCGUUUCGAGCAAGCUCUUUCGUCUUUUUUUUUUUUUGUAUAUAUAUUUUGUGUUUGCCGUGGCACUUGGUUCAUUUAUUAGUCCCUUUAUUAUGUUAGAUGCAUUUACGCUGUUAAGUCGCCACGUGUUUAAUUGAAUACAAUCGAUUAUAGAAGUCCCUUUUUUAAUUCGCUUUCAGUUUUCGAGAUUGAUCGUAUCCCCUGGUUUGGUUGGCAUUUUCUCCGGUCGCGAUUUUCUUGGCUCUUCAUUCGGUCUUGAUGUUCGUUUGCCGCAACAAUGCUCGGGAAUAAAAACUCCCGAAAGGAAAAUAAGUACGAAUGGAAAUAAUGAAAAUGGUCCAAAAGAAACGCAUAGAACAAUAUUUGGCUCGAGGUCAUGACAUAUGGACUACCAGCCAGCGAGGGGGCACAGCGAGGUCCGUGCGUCAUGACCGAGAGCCAAAUAUUUCCCGUCCAGUCAAUAAGAAAUUUAUCCUGUGACCACUCAGCGUUGAAAACUUCGAAAAUUUUGGUUUAAACUAAGUAGGACGCGAUAUACGGGCGCACACGGGAGAACCACAAAAAAAUUUCUACAAUAAAAAGAGGGUUUUCCUUCGUUUUUUCAAGUCAGAGCAAAAAAUUCACAAAUCGUCGAAAAACGCGACUGUGUUUUUACCCUUUUUUUUUCCCUUCAAGUUUUUGCAACAAAGCCCCGAAUGGCCUUUUUCAGACCGACUCACGUCAAUCCGUUAGGUCGUCAGCUUUCACCAUGGUUUUCUAUGGAUUGCGCGCGCGGGGCCACACGGGUCAUAUGGUAAUUAUCAAUUAUUCAUCAAGGUGAAGGUGGUAGUUGUGGAUACUUAGCUCGCCGCUUCGUAGCUUGGGAAAUAUUAUCCACUUGUGAACAAUAGUUUUAUAAUAUACCGUACGGAUACCGACAAAUUAGUUUAUUUCUUUUAGUAUACCGAAAGGUUGUCGGAAAUUUAACUUUUGACGCGUGAUUUUGUCUUAUCGGCUGCUCGGCUGCUUUUACUCAUUUAUUUAUUUAUAUACUUGUUACAUUUCCAAUAUUGCCUUUUCGGCAGAAUCCACACGUGGCUUAUUGACACAAUGUAAAAUUGAUAAAUAGUGGAUGCUUGUUUUGGUGUUGUUACAAUUCCUGUGUUGUUCAACCGCCAUUUCGGAGGUCUCUUUAACCUGUGAUUGGUCACCCAUAUCAAUACUUAUAGGAUGACCUUUUUCGUCUGUCUUUCAUACUCAGGGCAGAUUUUAAGUUACGACAACGUAAGGGAGGUCAUCAAGUUUUGUGCACGAGAGAAACUGGUUUUAUUUGCGGAUGAAGUAUAUCAGGAAACAGUCUUUACAAAGGAUAUUAUAUUCCACUCGUGCAGAAAGGUUCUGAGGGACCUGGGACCUGAAUACAACAACUUUCAACUGAUGUCGCUCAACUCCGCUUCUAAAGGAUUUUAUGGCGAGUGAGUGGAGAGACCACAUUGUGAAAAACACUGCGGCAUAAUUAUUUGUACAAAAUCAUAUUAUCAUCACUUAUUUUAACCAGUGUUUUCAUUUGAAGUUUUCUUUAAGAGGCAAGGAAUGAAGGGGAACUUAAUAGGUUGUUUGCGGUACGCCAAAAAUAUGCUUUAAGUUGUUCAACGUGAAAUUUCUUUACAAGAUUUCUUAGCUUUUGAGUUUGUGAACAUGAUAUGUAAAAGAAAAUAUUCAAGAUGAAGGAGAUGAGAAAUUGUAAAAUUUCGUGUACCAAUGUACAGUUUACUGCUCAAUGUUUUCGGAAAUGUUAAAAAAAAAACCGAACACAAAAUUUAAUGUGACUUGACCAUACCCCACAAUUUUCCACUAAGCAGGAAUAAUUGAUAAGGUUUACACUGCUCAAAUUUGGGCGAAAUGACGAUAUGCAAAUGUUCUUUUAAUAAAUAUUUUCACUCUCUUCAAGGAACAUUUCAUUUAUUUUAUUUAUAUAGGUGUGGUUUGAGGGGAGGGUAUCUUGAGCUGGUCGGAUUUAGCAACGCAGUCAAAUUGCAGUUUAGAGAUAUGAUGUCGCCUAGUAAAAGUGGCUCGACCAUUGGGCAGGUAUUAUUUCCAGUUUCUUAAUUUUAAACAUGUAAAUAAAUACAUGAUAAAGCAUUCAAUUUAACAGGAACAGAACGGUGAGUAUGCCAAACCGUUUGGACGUCCAAUGAGUGUUGUCUUUUUAUGAGAUUUCACAUAUGGAGAGAAGUAGCAAACCACGCACUAGUGCAUAUAUCUACUGUACUGAAACGGCUUUUUUACUUCUAUGCAAGGACUGAAGGGAAAGUGAAACGUUACUUGAGGAAGAUAGAAGAACAAAAUAAUGUUCUUAACCUCGCUUGAUUUUUUUUCCUGUUUUUAAGGCUGCCAUGAGUUUAAUUUGUUGUCCGCCUCAGCCUGGAGACAAGUCGCAUGAAACAUUUAUACAGGUUUGUAACGAGGAUCUGGACACAGGUAUAUUUGAGUUAGCUCCAAGGAAGAAUUAUUUGUAAAGUAAAGUCACUCUUCAAAUUGGCUAUAGAUCUAUCUGACGAAUAAGCCAAUCAUUCAGUUAUUCCUCAAACCUCUUUUGUGUGUGUAUGUCUGUGUUUUUUCGUCUUUUUUGGGCAAGAAAUACUCGAAGUCAAAGGAAGAACUUUAAGAUAUCAUACUAGUCGUUUAUCUCGCCAAGCAAUAGAAAUCCUUGUGGACAAGGUUCCUUAUGGAUAUGGUUUCCCAUGGAUAAGGUUCCUUUGUCCUUCAAGCUUUAGUCCCUAUCCUUAAUGGUUACGUUAAGCAUAGGGUUCCUUGUGGACCAGGCUUCCUUUGUAUUGCUAACUGCAGUUCUUACUCUUUAUGCACUAAGUCCCGUUAAGGAUGAGUUUCCUUUUGGAUUAGGUUAUUCAUGAAUAAGGAUCCCUAUGGAUAGGGUAUCUUAGGAAUAAGAAUCCUUUGUGCCAAAAACUAUCGUGACUCCUUAUCCUUCAUUGACAGGUCAAGGAUAAGGUUCCUUAUGGACAAGGUUCCUUAGGGAUAAGGUUCCUUAGGAAUAAGGUUCCUUAGGGUUCCCUAUGGACAAGGUUCCUUAGGGAUAAGGUUCCUUAUGGAUUAAGUUCCUUGAGAAUAAGGGUCCUUAUGGAUUAGGUUCCUUAUGGAUAAAGUUCCUUAUGGACAAGGUUCCUUAUCGAUAAGGUUCCUUAGGGAUAAGGUUCCUUAUGGAUAAGGUUCCUUACGGAUAAGGUUCCUUGUGGAUAAGGUUCCUUAUAGAUAAGGUUCCUUAAGGAUAAGGUUCCUUAAGGAUAAGGUUCCUUAGGGAUAAGGUUCCUUAUGGGUUGGGUUCCUUAUGGAUAAGGUUCCUCAUGGACAGGUUUCCUUGUGGAUAAGCUUUCUUAUGGAUAAGGUUCCUCAGGUAUAAGGUUCCUUAUGGAUUAGGUUCCUUAGGGCUAAGGUUGCUUAGGGAUAAGGUUCCUUAUGGAUAAGGUUCCUCAUGGACAAGGUUCCUUGUGGAUAAGCUUCCUUAUGGAUAAGGUUCCUAAGGUAGAAGGUUCCUUAUGGAUUAGGUUCCUUAUGGCUAAGGUUCCUUCUGGAUAAGGUCCCUUAGGGAAAAGGUUCCUUCUGGAUUAGGUUCCUUAUGGAUAAGGUUCCUUAGGGAUAAGGUUUCCCAUGGAUAAGGUUCCUUAUGGACAAGGUUCCUCAGGGUUAGGUUCCUCAGGGAUAAACUUCCUCAGGGAUAAGGUUCCUUAUUGAUAAGGUUCCUGGUUUUGUAAAAGAUAAUACACUGCAAACUCCAAUCCAUAUCCUUUACGGACUAGGUUACGUUAAGGAGAAAUUUCCAUUUGAAUAAGGUCAUUCAUCAAUAAGGAUCGCUAUGGAUAAAGCUCCCUUUGCUGCAAACUGCAGUCCCUUUCUUUUAUGGAUGUAAAAUUGCUAAGAUGGCCAUUAAGGGUCGAGUACAGUCUGCAUUUUCUCAAGGGUCUCAAGGAAUAUUUUUUAAUCACGCAAGAAUUCGCUAACGUUAAUCCUUUACACCCCAACAUCAGUAUGCAUAUUCUCCAUACUGUUCUCUACACGUUUCCUAACUUGCUGACAGGGAGAAUUUGUUUAACAAUCAAGAGCUUCUUUAGUUGGUGAUUAUUUCCUUCAUUCUCGUGACCUUAAAGUGUGACUCAGGGGUGAUAUUGUAAGGAGAAACUAGAUCCAGUCAUUCAUAGAGGAUAGAGGGUCAAAAGACUUUGUUUAUUGAUCUAGAUUGUAGUCUUGUUUGCUAAAUAAUUAUUACGUAGUAUACUGAUUAAAGUAAUUUUUCACGAUUUUAAAAUUUCUUGUGUAUACUCAACAGAGACCAAGUCACUGAUGGUGAUGCAAACAAACUUCCGUUUGUUUCUAAGGCUCGUAACACAUGUACUUUUAACCUUAGCUACAAACGGAAGUUUAGGCCCGUGUUCAAUACAAAAAGAUAACUUUUAUUGCCCUCAAAGCCUAAACUAGCUAAUUGGAAUCUUAUAUUUAAUGGACAUAUUCUAUUUAUAAAUGUAACAGAUAUGCAAACAAUUUUUUAUCCAAACUUGAUUUAAACCACGUAUAGUUCUUUUUUCGUGUAAUUCAAUUUUUUAAUUGCAAAGCGAUUAUAAAUAAACAUCUUAUCUCUGCUUAACUCUCUAUCUCUAUCCUGCGAGAGACUUCAGUAUAUUUUUACCUUGUUUUGUAGGAGAAGACGGCCAUUUUAGACUCUUACCAAAGGAAAGCGAAAAUCACCACUUCAAUGUUGAAUUCUUUAGAAGGAGUGACGUGUAAUGAAGUAACUGGUGCCUUGUAUGCUUUCCCAAGAAUUCGUCUUCCACAAAAGGCUAUCGAGGAAGCCAAGGUGAGUAAGCGAGUUAUGGAUGUGACAUUAAGUUUACUCACUAUAACUCAGUAGGUACACAAAUACACAAGGGACGAACCUUCGAGAUGAUACUCGUUAUUUUUUUCUUAGUUCGUGAGAGGACGAUAUUCUACAAAUCCUGCGAUCUGAUUGGUUCCGGGAGCAGGCACAACUCUCCCAUCUGGCCCGCUCUCAACUGAGAGCGGGUGGUAUCCGUUUCGUGUUGAGUCGAUUUGCAGAACUUCUUUAGCUUCGUUGUAAUUAUUCAUUUUGUUUUGCCAGCUAAGCAGCAUUUUUAAGCAAAGACUUUGUUCACGACCUUUAACCAAUAAAUAACUUAUUAAUUCUCUCCUUUUUCCUUUUUUUCCUUUGGCGCAAUAACAUUGACCCAAACGACUUCUAUUGCUGGCAGUUGAUGGAAACAACUGGAAUAGUCCCCAUUCCUGGAGGAGUUUUUACACAAAAGGAAGGAACAUACCAUUUUAGGUUAGUUCUAUUUUUCUGUGUUGUCCAUGAGAUGAGCAGCCCAAAAACUAUCGGUGACAGCACUGCUUUUCAAGACAUAACGAGCCGGUUUUUUCCAUUUAUCUUAUUUGACUCUUGAAUAACUGUUUUUUCCUUAAAAGUCUGAUGGUAAACCUCGGAGAUAUGUAAAAUUUCCUUUGUCUAUCGUGCCCGGCUACGAUCAGAGUCUAUUCAUUCAUUCAGUAAGAAACAUUGGUCACGUGACUACUGCCUUCCAACAAACUGAAUUUGAUUGGUUCUCAUAUCGCUAGAUAUUCGCUCUUAUCUACCAUGCCACCCUCUUUUAUUCUUAUUUAUGUUAUUUUCCUCUAAAAUAAGAUGAGUUUGUAACUUUUAGUGGUUGUUCUACAGUUUGCAAUUAAAGGCUUGACUCCUUUCACUUGUUUUGUUCCUAUUUUUUUCUACUACAGAUUAACAAUUCUACCCUCUGAAGAAAAAAUUGCUCCUAUGCACGAAAGGCUGAGCAAGUUUCACAAGGAAUUCAUGGACAAGUACAAGGAAGACAAAGAAAACUAAUAGUGAUUUCAAACUGAGAGCUCGUUUUUUGUUGGGUAUCUACGUAUUUUUCCCUGCACUUUUAACUCAUUUCACGGCCAGUUCAAACUACUGAGUUAUUACAGCAUUCCUGUACACGUUGCACAUAGUGAAGUGUAGAACAUAUUACUUAGCUCAUCUGUUUAGUGUAUCUAUCAUUCUACCAAAAAUCUAUCUCCCUUAAAAAAAAUAAUUGGUUUUUGAACCCGGGAGUAACAGUUCAUCCUGUAAAAUGAUCAUACAGUUCAUAAUGUGCCCUAAAAAGACUGUUGCAGAGGCGUAUUCGGGAAGAGGGUGCUAUGCCCCCCUCUCCACCUAUCAAAAAUGCUUGGAUCUGUACCUGUAUUGUUGGUGGAAGUGACUGAUGUUUCGACAACCUAAGGUGGAAGUCUAAAUCAGAGCGUCUCCGAUGAUGACUUCCGCACUAGGACUACUCUUCUCCGGACGACCAGAACCCAAAAUCAACUUUAUCUAAAUGUCUACAUGGUGAAUGGCUUCUCGGCCAUUUUUGAAUCAACUUGGUUUAGAGGAAGUUUAUAAGCAGUCAGUUCCCAUUAGGAGGUAGAGGAAUGAUUCGAGUUAUUUAUUUCAUCUUCAAACGGGUAUUGAAAACAUGUAAAUACAAUGGUGUCAAUCAAUAGGUGAGAACCAAAGCAUGCAUUACAUGGUACUAAUGCAUGUUUCUUUUGCUUUUAGCUUUGGUUGUUUUUGUUUUUUAUUUAUAUUAAUACUUGUACUGUGAUCGUACACAUCUUCCAUACAAUUAAAGAGCGAUA